AUGACAGAUCUCGGAUCACAUCUAGAGCGCUUGGGCCUGGAGCACUACCUCGAUGCCUUCCUGAGCGAGGGAUUUGAGUCGUGGGAUACGGUCCUGGACAUCCAGGAAAGCGACUUCGAAUCUCUGAACAUCAAACUCGGUCAUCGAAGGAAGCUUCAGCGGGCCAUCGCAGAGUAUCGAGGUAUACCCUACGAGCGCUUGUAUGGCGGCGUGGCUUAUGAUGCGGCGCCUGAAAGUGCUCGGCCAGCCGAGGCAUCACAACUUGGCGGUAGUGUCGCUUCGGGUCCCGGAGUCGAGGCCAAGAGGAAGUAUCGUAGACAUCCCAAGGCGGAUGAGAAUGCGCCGGAGCGCCCUCCAUCUGCCUAUGUGAUCUUCUCAAACAAGGUCCGGGAGGAGAUCAAGGACCGAAACCUAUCCUUCACUCAGAUUGCAAAGCUCGUUGGCGACCGAUGGCAGAAACUGGAGGCCAAGGGCAAGGAACCUUACGAGUCUCAGGCCAACGCUGCUAAGGAGCGUUUUAACAUCCAGCUCUCAGCUUACAAAAAGACUGAUGCGUAUAAAGAUUACAUGCAGUACUUGGUCGACUUCAAGGCGAAACAUGGCGCCGGUGGAGCGCCUUCAGAACCGAAGAAACCUAAGCUUGAGACUCAAGAGUCCAGUACGGGGAGCAUGUCGGGCAAGUCAGGCGACGUUAUGGCCGAUGCGCUCCAGACAACGCAUGGCCAUAGACGUGGCGGAUCAACGGGGUCUAUUGGCUCGAUGCCUGUGGCGGUAGCACCCACAUCGCCGGCACGAGCUGCCCAGGGCUAUACGCUCGCUGCUGCAAGUCAGCAAUAUGUUCCAAGCGCAUCGCUUCCCUCGCGCAAUGCACCAGCUGGACGAGGUGGAACGCCUCCGGGCACGGGUCGGGAUCUUCGCUGGCGAGGACCUCCGGGACCCCUGGGCCAAUUGUCCAACCAGAGCUCGGUCUCCGAGGGCUCAUCGGCCGUACGCAGUGAGUCAGACCCAUUGCUGCGGACCGGGUCUCUGUCCUUGGGUACUCCUCCAUCCGCAACGCCACCACUAGCGACGCAAUCUGAUCAAGGAUCUUCGCAUGAUGUGACCCGGCCCCGUUUUCCUGGACCACCUGCAUCGCUACCUAGCUACGGUAGCAGUAACUAUUCAGGGACCAUGCCGUCACCGGCCGCGUCCGAGAGCAGUUGGCGCAGCCGACCGUCUGAUCUGCGGGGCUAUAUGGACAUCAGCCCAGGGUCAAUGCAGCCACCUCCGUAUCAGCCGACGACCCCGGCCGGCACGGCCAUUAGCACGAUCAAGCUACCGCCUCUCACCGGACCUGACCGAUCGGCCGACUUUCAGGGCCGGACAUUACCACUAUCUCGAACCUCGCCUACGCAGCAGUCUGGGUUCCUGCCGACAAGUCGAUAUUCGGAAUCAUCGAGCGGUUUUGGCCUUCCUGCACAGCCGCGCCUCACACGACAAGACUCGGGUCCGGAGCAACCAUUGGAGAGGUCGGAGAACGAUGCAGCCACAACGCUUGCCGGCCUGGCGUCGGUGAGUUCCAGUGACACUACUCCUCGGGGUCCUUCAACGGGCCAACCGCCGGACCAUCGUCAGUGGCCAUUUCGGUGA